AUGAAAUCUCUUACAAAGAUAGUUGCUAAGAAUCAAAUCUCUGCCAUCAAUGUUGAGGAACUAGUAGUAUGUGACAUAUAUGCUGAUGGACAUUUGACUGCGAAUUGCCCGUUAGCUCAACCUUCAGAAGUCAACUAUAUGGGAAACCUGCAAAGGAACAACUACCAAGGUAAUAACAACACGGGUUGGAGGAAUAACUCAGGUCUCUCUUACAAUCCACAACCACAACAACCUGUUUCAUCUACCAAUGCUUUCAUUCAAGAGACAAGAUCGAACUUCAAGACUCAAGAGGCAUCAAUCAAGAAUCAGGAGGCUUCAAUUCGAAAUCUUGAAACUCAAAUUGGACAGCUGGCCAAGAAAUUGAAUGAAAGAACUUUGGGGACAAUUGGGAAGGUGAUUGAACCUCAAGAUAAGCCAGCCAAGGUAGCAAAGGAAGCACCAAAAGAGGAGGAAACAAAAGAGGAAGAGACAAAAGAGGAUAGUACUAAGAAAGAAAAGGCUCCUAAUUAUGACGAUGUAACCUACUUUGGAGGAGCAAUCAAUCGUAGUAAGAAAACUACAAAGAAACUUCCAUCAGGAUUCAGUCAACCAUAUCCUUAUGCAAAAGCUCUAUACCCUCUUCGGCAAAAGCAAGAUAAAGAGAAGCAGCAAUACUUGAAGUUUAUGGAGAUGUUUAAAAAGCUGCAAAUUAACAUUCCAUUCUCUGAAGCUCUGGAGAACAUGCCUCUUUAUGAAAAAUUCAUGAAGGGUCUCUUGUCAAACAUGCAUAAGCUCAGAGAGAUGGAAACAGUAGCUUUAACUAAAGAGAGUAGUGUUGUGAUCAAAAAGGGGUUGCCGUCUAAAGUCAAAGACCCAGGGAGAUUUAGUAUCCCUUGUACAAUCGGGAAUGUUAAAGUAGGAAGAGCUCUAUGUGAUAUGGGAGCCAGUGUCAACUUGAUGCCUCUUUCUUUUGCACGAUCUUUGGGGAUAACGGAGAUGAAAUCUACCUUGAUGUCUCUCCAAUUUGCUGAUAUAUCCAUCAAAAGGCCGGAAUGA